GGAUCUGGCAAAGGAACUUUUAGAAAAUUUUACGGCAAUUAAAAUGGCAAAAGCCUUCUUUGUAAACAGUGGAUCAGAAGCCAAUGAUACUCAGGUGAAGCUGGUUUGGUAUUAUAAAAAUGCACUUGGAAGAUCAAAUAAAAAGAAAUUUAUAGCUCGAGAGAAGUCGUAUCAUGGUUCAACUUUGAUAUCAGCUAGUCUUUCUGGCCUUCCCGCUUUGCAUCAAAAAUUUGAUUUGCCAGCUCCAUUUGUAUUGCAUACUGAUUGCCUUCAUUACUGGCGCUUUCAUCUUCCAGGUGAAACAGAGGAGGACUUCUCAACCAGAUUAGCCAAUAAUUUGGAGAAUCUUAUCCUCAAAGAAGGACCAGAGACAAUUGCUGCUUUCAUUGCCGAACCUGUCAUGGGGGCAGGAGGUGUGAUACUUCCUCCUGCAACAUAGUUUGACAAGAUUCAAGCUGUUGUAAAGAAAUAUGACAUUCUUUUUAUUGCUGAUGAGGUGAUUUGUGGAUUUGGAAGGCUGGGCACAAUGUUUGGGUGCGACAAGUACAACAUAAAACCAGACCUUGUGUCCCUUGCAAAGGCCCUUUCUUCUGCAUAUAUGCCUAUUGGCGCUGUACUUGUGAGCCCCGAAGUAUCAGAAGUCAUACAUUCUCAAAGCAACAAACUCGGUACUUUUUAUCAUGGAUCUACUUAUUCUGGACACCCAGUAUCCUAUGUCGUUGCAAUUGAAACGCUUAAAAUCUACAAAGAGAGAAAAAUUGCGGAUCAAGUAAAGAGCAUUUCCCCGAAGUUCCAAGAUGGUGUAAAAGCAUUUUCAGACAGUCCCAUAAUUGGGGAGAUUCGGGGAACUGGAUUGAUUCUUGGAACAGAGUUUGUAGAUAACAAGUCCCCUAAUGAUCCAUUCCCUCCUGAAUGGGGGAUAGGCUCUUAUUUUGGAGCACAAUGUGAGAAGCAUGGAAUGUUAGUACGUGUAGCAGGAGAUAACAUAAUGAUGUCUCCUCCAUUUAUUAUCUCCCCCAAAGAAAUUGACGAGCUAAUAAGCAUUUACGGAAAAGCGCUGAGGGCUACUGAAGAGAGGGUAAAGGAACUCAAGUCUCAGCAGAAAUAGUUUGUUGUUGAUAAUGCCGAAAAAUCAUCUUGCUUCAUGUAAAGCAACAUCAAUUCUCUUAGUGACUUGUGAGACAGAUGGUAUUAAAUAAAGCAUCCAAGUUAUAACCUGUGAAAAUUU